GGCUUUUUACCUCUCCUCCAACAAGUUCAUCCGUACUACUUUAUGUACCCGCGUCAUGUCGCGCAUAAAUACUGUGUUCUGCUACCAUUGAAGGAUCGCAGGCUGGCUAGCAGAACACGCGGUUUUACAAACAGCGAGUUUCUGGAUGCAGUUUGUUUGAGGAUGCCUUUAUUGAAGUCGCCGCCAACCCUCCAAACGUCGUGCCUGGAUGUGGUGUGUAGACUGCCCCAGGAGGAGUGGAGCAGGCCACACAUCGCCACAUGGCUUCCUAAGAUCACCAGCGAGAAGCAGCCACACAACCUCUGUGCAGAUUUGUACCAGGAUUUACUUGAUCACCUGGUCAAGACCGAACAGCUGCAAGCCUGGCACCUGGAGCAUGUGGCACACCAGAGUCUGAAGAGUCUGCGGCUGGAAAGUUCUUUGAAUUCCAAAGUCCUUGAUGUUGACACUGUUCAACUCAUCGCUAUGAGAUGCCCUAACUUGGAAGACGUCUCAUUGUUCAGCUGCAAAGAACUGCCAGUUCAGAGUAUCCAGCUGAUCACAGGAAAUCUUGCCCAUCUGAGGGUGCUGGACAUCGAUUACACCAAAGCUGAUGACGCCACCAUGAAAACUCUGUCCCGUGGAUGUCCCGAAGUGGAAGAACUGAGAAUAAGGAGUACCAAUGUCACAGACAUCGGCUUGUUUGAGCUGUGUGGUUUGGGGGAAUCCGGGGAGGGGUGCAAGAAGCUCGCUCGACUGUGGAUGCACGAUUUAGCCAAAGUCACCCUCUUUGGUGUGUCCUAUGUGAUCAGAGCAUUGAAAGAGCUGAGAAGUGUAUUUACUGAGCACAACAUAGGGCUUGUCGUGUACGGCAUUUACCAGGAGUGUCUUCUACACAAUCUUCCAUUGCUCCCUCUCAAACUGGACUACAUCAACUUCACAUCAGAGAUUGCCAGGCAAUCACCAGGAGAGAAAGUGUUCACACUGGCACCUGCCUCGUACAUCAAGGGUCUGAUGUUAUGUCCCAACCUGAGAGAUCUUGUGCUUAAUGUAGGGAUGUUGGCAGACAUGGAUGAAGAGAUUCUGCUUGGUCUUUCCCAAUUGACUCAUGUAGUGGUUGCAGACUCCAACCCAGAGCUCGACGAUGGCUCAUUUCAUCGCGACGUCGUCCCCUUCUUGAGCAAAGUUGGUGCUAAGAUGGAAAGGGUAAUGCUUGUUGAUUUCUCGGAUGUGGACAUCCUUCUUGUUGUAGACCGCUGUCCUAUGGUGAAGAGUUUAGUAUUUUCGAAUGUACAAGGUAUUGCUGCACAGCCAUACUGGCAAGUAAAAGACUCUGCUCUCCAAAACAUCGAAAGUUUUCACCUCGACAUCCUUGAAGACAACGUACCACAAGAGUCUCUCCGAUACCAGCUGGAGCGAGUGCUGAAAAAUGCCCCAAAGUUGAAAUCACUGCGCCUUGAGUACGUGCACUGCUUCACGGAUGACUUCAUGUCCGAUGUGAUGAAGUGUAACAAGUUUGAGUUUCUCGAGACUUUGGACUUGAUCGAGUGCCAUGGCAUCACACGGAAAACCAUCGAGGCAUUGAUGUACAGUAACACAGCAGAGAACUGCAGCGAAGUGGUUGUGAGCAAGUGUGACAAUCUGAGCAAGACGGACCUGGACUACCUGGGGGAGCUAGCAGCGGUGGAAAACAUCAACUUCUCUGUGGUAGACGAAUUUGACGAAGAGUAUGAUGCAAAUAAUAACAAUGGAGAAGAACAGCAGGAAGCAGAACUGGACAUAUCAAUAGAUUAGGACUGAACAUGUACAAUAUUAUCAAAAAAAUAUUUGAUUCUUUUGAGGUCCCAGAUUUGUGGAAUCUUUUCGUGCAUAAUCGUUACAGUUGCAUAGAAGUAGAGCAAAUAUUCAGGCUUCUUAAAGAGAAAAAAGAAUUCCAUUGUCAGGCAAAUAUUAAAAAAAAACAAAUGCUCAAUGUCCAAGAGAAAUUUAUAUGAAUGUCCGAACAAGAGGAUUUCUGAAUUUGUGAAGGGUCCUUACAGAAAAUUAAAGGAAAAAUAUCCCAA